AUGCUUUCGGACAAAGAAGAAGAAGACGAGGAUCCGAGCCAAUUUGAUCCAAGUUUGGAGAGACGUCGUCGCUGGCUGGAGGCGCGUCGCGCAGCCCUGCUCUCGAGGCGGUCAUUAGUAGAUGCUGUGCUCCUCGUCACUGUCGCGUGGCUAGUUCUGGCGAGGCGGUCUUCAACCAAAGAGUGCCCAAGGGAAGUCGUUGACAACAACACGGGUGUCUUUCCUAAGUUCUCGCCAAGAAUCAUGACCUUCAAGCACGAACCUGACUUCGCCCCUGAAGAUAGACAUAACUUCUUUACCCAUUAA